CGGCGGUUAGGUGCGGCGGGAGGUUUUUUUUAACUGGCCCGCCUGCCAUGACGAUCACCUACAGCUGUAUUGCUAAUGGCCGAGCGGUCCUAGCGGAGCUGUCCCUGACCGGCGGCUCCUAUCAGGAAAUCUUUCCCCUGGAUAAUACCGCCUGGAUUGUUCAAGCACUACCAAGAAUUUCACGUUUUACUUUCUACUAUUAAUAAGUUUUUCCCUCCCCAAAAGUUUUUAUUUCAAGUGUCAUUUUGUGGAAAUGGAAAAGCUAAUUAGGAAUGUGACUAUUCAAGUCUUCCUAGUGACACUGAAAAGAUACUUGAUUAGAUAGUGCUUCCCAGCCUUAAAGCCAUAUGUAAGCUGUAACUCUAAGCAAACUGCAUUUGCACAUGAAGCAGCGGCAACAGUGCUUCGAAUGGUUCUUCUUAGAGCUGAGCCAAAGACCAUAAUGCAGAUGGGAAGCUUUGUCUACCAUACUCUCUUUAUUGAUGGAAUCACUUACCUAUGUGCCACAGACAAUGCCUUGGAUACUAUAACACCAUCUGCAUUUCUUAAAAACGUUAGCGACACUUUUCUGAGAAAUCCUUUGAUGUCACAAGAACAUUUUUCUCCUUCAAAUGCAGUUGCUGCAGAUUUUCAACAAGUAUUAGGGAAGUAUAUGAUGCAAUACAAUAAAAAUCAAGGUGAUAGCUCAAUAUCUACACUGAGGAGCCAAGUAACUGAAGUAAAAAAUAUUAUGUCCAAAAAUAUUGAUGAAAUUUUGGAAAAUGAAGAAAGAUUGAAUAUCUUCACUGAUAAAACCAAUGAUCUCCAAACAACUGCCAAAGAGUCCCAAAAAACAAGAAAGAUUCUCAGGAGGAUAUGGUGGAAACACUUCAGAAAGAUUAUAAUCAUCACCGUGGUAAUUCUCCUCUCAAUCAUCAUCAUUCUUUUAAGUACAAAUGUAAUACCAACCUGACCCUGACCCUUUUUCUCCCCAUCCCCAGCAGUUACCAAUAAAUUGUUGUGUGUAAAUAGAGAGUUCUACAAUCAACAAUUAUGAAAUAGCAUUCUCCAGUGGUAGGAAGACUGAAGGAAGAGGGUUUUUCCUUGUCCUUGUAGUGUGCUUUAUUAAUUUUUGUACCUCUUCCAUUUCUGUAAUGCUGCCAGUUUUUUCCCCACUGCUCCAGCUACUUCCCCAGCCUCUCUGCCCUUUGUUAAGAUUAAAAGCACAAACCCUGGAAUCAGACCACUGAAGUUUAACUCUCCACCCUGCAAGAUACCAUCAGGUGACUUUGGACAAGUUGUUUAACCUGUGUCUGUUCCCUCAUCUGUAAAAGGGAGCUAGUAAUAAUACCACAUAGAAUUAUGUCUACCACAUAGUAAAUGCUAUUUAAGUGUUAACUACUACUUAACAGGAAAAAAAUGAUUGCAUUUUUGGCAUUAAAUCCCUAAUAUUUUCCUUCUUACUCAGAAGAAAAAUGACUGUGAUCUCAUUAAUUCCCUUAGAAAUAGAAGUCUUGUGGUGCCUGGGUGGCUCAAUUGGUUGAGUGUCCAACUCUUGAUUUUGCUCAGGUCAUAAUCCCAGGGUCAUGGGAUCGAGCCCGACAUUGGACUCUGUACUGAGCAUGGAACCUGCUUAAGAUUCUGUCUCUCCCUCUCUUUGCCCCUCCCUUGCUCUCUCUAAAAUUAAAUACAAAUAAAAAUUAAUGACUCUUCACAUGAGUACACAGUCCAGAAAUAAACAUUCACCUCUUCCACAGAUUCUUUGAUUUGAAAUGACUACUCACACCAUUGUUUUAUACUAGACAUUUCCUUGGGUAAAGAUUUUAAAAUUAGGAAGCUGUAUCUCCAAUAAACCUGGAGAUUUCCUGUCCCGUUUUACCACCCUAAUAGCUUUCCCCCUACAUUUCACUCAAUAACCUCAAAUCACUAAGAUAUCUAAUAACCAAAACAUCCAGCUUCACUUUGCAGUUGGUAACAAGGUAUCAUGAGUUGUUUCUUAAAUGGGAACUUGAGGUCUAAAGUCAGUUUUAAAAAUCACUUAGUGAUCCAUGGGGAAGAGUAAAAACAUGGGUUCCUAUCUGGUAGAUAGCUCAUUUUAAUUCUAAUGAUCAAGUAUCAGCACUUUAAAUAGACACCAAGCUUGUUAUUCCUCCAGCACAGUAUCACCUUUCCAUGCACAAAGUAUUUUUUAAAGGAUUUUAAAUGUUAGAAACUUUCUGUAAUUUAUGUCAGGAAAAAAUAGGUGUUAUAUUGAAUAUGUACUCUGAUAUAAUGCACUAAGUCCUUUGGAGGAGGAAUGUCUCAUUAAUUUUACAAUGACAUAAAGAAGUAAAAACUAUUUUUAACGUUUAUUUAUUUUUGAGACAGAGAGAGACAGAGCAUAAACGGGGGAGGGUCAGAGAGAGGGAGACACAGAAUCUGAAACAGGCUCCAGGCUCUGAGCUGUCAAGCACAGAGCCCGACGCGGGGCUCGAACUCACGGACCGCAAGAUCAUGAUCUGAGCCGAAGUCGGCCGCCUAACCGACUGAGCCACCCAGGCGCCCCUAUUAAGUAUAAUGUAAGGCACAUAGAAAAGUGCUGUGUAAAUAUUUGCUCAUAUUAUCUUUAUUUUGCAGAUCAGAAAAUAGCCAAGUUCAAUGACAUGUUCAAGGUCACACACCUAGAAAGCUGAGAUUUUAUGAAUUCAAGUCCUGGCUGUUGUAUAUAUGAAAUCUGUAUCUUUAACUCAGAGUAUAUUAUCUGACCCCUCGAUUGUGGUCCAGAUUAAGACACAUGGAGUAUUUUUGCUUUUUGUAGGUUGGUAGGUUGUUGGGGGGGGGGAGGGGGGAGGAGACAGAAAUUUAAAGAGAAGCAUUGUGAGAAUUGCCAUGUAUAUUGCUAUUAUUUUUAAAGCCUAUAUAAUGUGUUUCCCUUACAUUUCUGUAAUAUAUUUAUAAAACAAUGUAUUUGUAUCCUGAUUGCCAGUGAAUACUAACAUAUGUAUUGCUAGAAGACAUGAACCUAAAGAUCACUUAAUCUACCCCCUCCCCAAUUUUACAUAUCAGGAUGCCAAGACUCAGGAGCCUAAAAAUGAAGAGCAUGUUGUGACAAGCUUCUCUCCACUUGCAGCACAAAUAAGACACAAGCUAUCACUCUGGUUCCAGGCUAUUAAGUCCCACAUAAUGCUGGUUUUCCCAGUCUUAGAACUGUCUUAGAGCUUAAGAGUUAGGAAGAAAAGCACUCGUUUAGUAAGGAGUGUUUAUCUGCUAUUUAUGCUACAUCUGUCAGAAAAUACCUGAGUAGAUAGAAACAAGUAUUAAGGCAAUCUUAGACUUUUCAUUGAUUUAUGCAUCCAAACAUUGUUGAGCUCCCACUCUGCAACAAAAUAGUUCUAAAACAUUAUGAUUUUAUUGUAAGUUACCACAUCAAUAGAGAUAACUGAUGUUUGAGAAAUUAGUGGCUAUACACAGAAGUGUAAGAAAUGGACCUAAUCCCAAUGGAAGCUAACAUUCCAGUUGAGGCAGCAAGACUGAAAAAAAUCAUAAGCACAUUUAAAACAACGCCUAUUUAAGUGGCACAUUGUGCAGCAGAGAAUAAAUUCAAGAAAGAUAAUGAUCAA